CCGAAAGCAAUAACAGAUUUUUUGACUGAGUUCUCGGUAGUUGCGGUGGCAUGACAUCCGCUCCCCGAAGGGCUAUUAAUCACCAAAUUGAGUUGGUUCUAGGUGCACGGCCCCCGGCUAAAGCACCUUACCGGAUGGCUCCCAUCGAACUAGAAGAACUUCGAAAGCAAUUAGAGGAAUUGCUUGAAGCGGGUGAUAUUCAACCCUAUAAAGCGCCGUAUGGGGCACCUGUCCUCUUUUCAAAAAAAAGAAGAUGGGUCCGGUCCCUUAGACUAUGUGUUGACUAUCGUGCUUUUAAUAAGGUAACGGUGAAGAAAAAAUACCCAGUCUCGCUGGUGGCUGACUUGCUCGAUCGUUUGGGUAAGGAAACUUAUUUCACUAAGCUGGACUUACGCUCCGGGUACUAUCAAGUCAGAAUAGCGGCUAAAGAUAAGCCAAAGACUACUAUGUUACCCGAUAUGGUGCGUUUAAGUAUCGCGUUAUGCCCUUUGGCCUGACCAAUGCUCCUGCCACUUUCAGACAGUUCCUACUCCCGGGGAACUAAUGAAUACAUAAAUCGCUU